CUCUGUCGCGAGCCCAAGAAUUUUAUUGCUCCCAGCUAAAGGAUUUCGCAUCCACUAUCUCUUUUCGAUUUUGAGCCUUGGAUGCAUUGGGAUACAAGAAGGAGCACUAGGUCAACAGGAUUUUGAGUGUAAACCACAUCAAAUCAAAGACUAUUUUCAUGAGGAGGCAAUGAGAUCCCACCCAAAGUACGAUCUGUGCACAAAACAAUGCUCCAAUUACUGCUGUUCUAUAAGAAUCCAUUACUCCACUUAUCCCUUGCUUCAUCUCUUGCUUUCUUCCUCACUUUUUUCAAAAUCCCAGUUCUUUUUCUUUAUGGUAUCCACUCCUACAUCCACCCGGAUAACUUCAAUCAGAAUAAUGGCAUCAGAGCUGCUAUUCGCCGGUCUGGCAACGCCGGCCGCUUCUGGGCUCGAGGUUAUCAAUCUUUGUCCUCAAAAACCAGCGUUGAGCUCAGGAAGAGGAAUAAGUCCAAGGAGAAGACAGACUUCGAUGAAAACAAAGCGCAGAUCUUUAGGCUGACAUUAGACCAGGGUCAUCUCCAAUCUUGUCUCUUUGCUGAUCAGUAUGGCAUUGCUUUUACCAUCUCUGUUACUGCUAUUGCUUGCUUGUUGCUUCACAGUUUCUUGGGUGUGUUAGAGAAUUCUGGGUUUUUGGAAAGUGGGCAUUUUGUUCCUAUUCUGUUAACAAUUGCAGGGCUGAGUUUGUGGUUUUUGUUGCUUAUGAAGAUUACUUUUGAGAGGUCGGCAUCUAGGAGAUCAGAAAAGCAAUUGAGUUUAGCUUUUGGGGUUUCAGGAUUUUUCGCUAGACUUUUAGUUUUUUCUGCUAAUGUUUUUUUGGUUUUUGGACUUCAAUUUUGCUCCAAUUGAUGGACAUGGAAGGCUUUUAUUACUACUUUAAUGGGAUUUCUCACAGCUUUUCUCUUUAUUCUGGCUGCAAGAAGUGCACGUUCAUUCUGGCUUGGAACUGAUCAGCUUCGUUGCAACCUAUCUAUGAUAACUUGUGGAUGGUUCACUCGUACAAUUCUAUAUGCAAGCCACAUCUUAGUUGUAUUUGUGGCAUUGCUUUGGGUUAGUCCAUUGGCUAAAAUUUUUGUAAACACUAACUACAGUGAUGAUAAGAGGGCAACUGAAAUGAGUAAAGUUGGCAAUGCUGAGAAAUUGGUGGGAUACAUGGGGUUCUUACGUUCUGAUUUUGAUAACUUCAAGCACUGGUGUUUGUUAGUGUCAAGUUUAUUGCAGAUUUUGGCAUUACGCCCAAACCUGCAAAUGUAUCUUAAUGAAGCUUUGUUAUCUUGGUAUCAGAGGCUCCAUGCUAGCAAGGUUCCUGACUUGGACUAUAGUAGGGCUAAGGUGUUUCUGCAUAACCACUACUUAUGUCUUGUAGCCUUACAGUUUCUUGCACCUCCUGUGCUGGUAUUUCUCUUUCUUGGCUUCUCUCAGAUUGAUGACUAUGCCUUUGAGAGUUUCUCUUUGUUACUUAGUAUACUGCCUUCCUCUGCUUUUGUCAAGGAAGUUGCUUUCUUUAUGGCCUAGUGGGUAACUUUUCUAUGGGAUGUAUUUUCAUCAGCAAUCCUUGUAUUGCAUCGCCAUUGCAUUCUAUAUGUUUCUUGAGGAGUUGAUCUCUUGAGGGUAUUUUUCUUGGACAUUUUAUUGUAAUUUGAAUGCUUAUACGAAAAUUUUGAAAAAAAGGGUGUUUGUGUUUCGAUGGAUUUGAAUGCCCUUUCAAUAUAUCAAGUUAGUGGAAUUUAGCUGGAUUUAUAUGUAUGUUAACUUUUG